AUGGGAAGACUGUCAAAGAAACAACAAAAGAUUUUGUCACCAAAUGAAACUCCUGCCCCUUCUUCCACGUAUGAAAAAUAUAAAGAAUUAAAACGGAAAUAUAAAGAAUUAUCCAAGGCAUGUAACAUUCUAUACGUUACUUUGACCAUAGAGUUUUAUGUAAAACUUACGAAAUGCAGGAGCGAAAGGGAUUGUAUAUUGGAACAAAUGGUAGAUUCCUUCUCGGAGCCGGAACCGAAAAGAUUAAAGUUCAAUGCACCAGACAACUUCAUUAUCGACAACAGUUAUAAUUCCUUUUCAAAUAGUUCCAAACACGACUCUCUCACGAGGAAAGUUAAGGUGGUGAAUGAUGUUCAACAAAAAUCAAAAAAAACAACUAAGAGUAUAAGGCGCAGACAAAGUCGUUCAAUCGUGAGGAACAUGAAGGCCCAUCACGUCGACAAGGAUGAGAACGGUAAUCACAUUCUUCCAGUUGAGGUUGGAUUACACACCGUGUUGAAUCUCGGAACGAUCGUAUACGAUCGUGUAUCCUUUCACAAUGAUCGAUACAUUUACCCGGUUGGUUAUUCCGUACGAAGGCCGUAUCUUAGCAUGAUCGAUCCUUUCAAAAACACUAUAUAUACCUCCAAGAUCGAGGAUGGCCGUGAAGGACCAAAGUUUAUCGUUCAAGCUGAUGAUGCGCCUGGUCAACCGAUCAUAGCUUCGAGUGCGACUGGAGCUUGGACACCAGUAAUCAAACAAGCAAACAGUAUUCGUAAUAGGAAGCAUUCGAAUGCUGCAUCCGGUCCGGACUACUUUGGAUUGUCACAACCUACAAUUCGAAAGAUGAUACAAGAACUACCAAAUUCUGAGAAAUGCAAGAAUUAUAUAUUUCAAGAAUUCGAAUUACACCACCCAAGUAAUAACGGUCGUGGAAAGCCAAAUCGCAAGAAGAGCUCUAAAAAGUACUGGGAUGGGUUAUUGAAGGGAAAUGAAGACUUGACACGCGUCUCUGUUUCCUCUUGGCGCCGACAGAUUGGCUAA